AUGAGACUCAAUUAUAUUCCUUCUCAAGUGAUUAAUGGGCAACCAGUAGUACAAUUAGCUAAAGAUGCAUAUGAAAAAGAAGUGGAAAAAUGGAAAUGUGCUAUGAUUGCAUAUUUUAUAGGAGAUACUCCAGGCUAUAACAUGAUGAGGCAUUAUAUGAAUCAAAAUUGGUCCACUGCUGCAAAUCCUGAUUUGUAUUUACAUGAUGAUGGCUAUUAUGUGAUUAAAUUUCAAUCGAUUGAGGAUAUGCACGAGAUAUUCUAUUCCGGGCCUUAUACUAUCAACAAUAGACCAAUUAUCCUUAAACCUUGGACUAGUGAUUUUGAUUUCACUAAAGAGUAUCCAACAGAGAUUCCAUUAUGGGUCACAUUCCCUAAACUGCCUAUGUCUUGUUGGGAUAUUGAGAAUUUGAGUAGAAUAGCAAGUGCAAUUGGUGUGCCAGUAUAUGCAGAUGAGUGCACUACGAAACAAACCAGAAUCUCAUAUGCUCGAAUGCUAAUUGAAGUCAACGUUACGCAACCACUUCCUGAGAAGAUUAUGGUAAUGGAUCCAGUUGGUAAACAGUUCUUACAGGAAAUAGAUUAUGAUUGGAGACCUAAAUAUUGUGAGAUUUGUCAACAAGUGGGUCACAAAUGUACUGCUCCUCCCAAGCAAAUUAGAGAAACAGGCAAACAGAAGGAGCAGCAUAAGAAAGGGGUGUAA